AUGUCCCCCACCGCGCCCCCAAUCCUCGACUUCUCCCCCUUCUACGGCACGGACGCCACCGCAAAGGCAAAGCUGGUCUCGCAGGUCCGCGAAUCAUGCGAAUACAACGGCUUCUUCCAGAUCACGGGCCACCGCAUCCCGCGGGAACUGCAGGUGCGCGUUAUGAGCGCCGCGAAGCGGUUUUUCUCGUUGCCGCUGGAGGAGAAGAUGGGGAUUGAUAAGAACCUCAACUCCUUCAACCGCGGGUACGAGCUGCUUCGAUCGCAGAUGCUGGAGGUCGGUACGGGGCCGGAACUCAAGGAGGGACUGUAUAUCGGAGAGGAGAUUGGGACGGAUCAUCCGUACUACGUGAACAAGCGGCUGAAUUCGGGGCCGAACCAGUGGCCCGCGACCGUACCAGACGCCGACGAAUUCCGGGCGACCGCGAUGGAGUACUACCACGCCGUCUACGAGCUCGCGAAAGACGUGCUCGCCGUGUUGGCGCUGACCCUCGAUGUCGACGAGUCGUUCUUCGACCCUCUGACGACCGGCGGCGUCGCGACAAUGCGCAUGCUGCACUAUCCCAGCCAGCCGAAGGACGAAGACGAGAAGCUGAACCGGGGGAUUGGGGCACACACGGACUUCGGAUGCGUCACGCUGCUGCUGCAGGAUGAGGUUGACGGGCUGCAGGUCCUUGAUGCGCCGAGCGGGGAAUGGCUUGACGUGCAACCCGUCCCCGGCGCGUACGUCGUGAACCUGGGCGACCUGAUGAUGCGCAUGGCGAACGACCGGUACAAGUCCAACAUCCACCGGGUGAUCAACAAGUCCGGACUAGAACGGUACUCGAUCCCGUUCUUCUUCAGCGGAAACCCAGACCACGUCUGCGAGUGUCUGCCUAACUGCUGCAAGGUGGGCGAGCAGCCCAAGUACGCGCCCAUCACGGUCGAGGAUAUGGUCAAGGGCGCGUACAAGCAGAGCUAUGGGCGCGCGGAGGCGUACAAGAAGGAGCUGGCGGAGAAGGCGCAGAAGCUGGAGGCUGCGCCGGCGACGGCGAUUGUUGCGUAA